AUGAUCGCCUGCCCAAUAUGCGACAAACAAGUCAAAGAGCGCGAUAUCAAUGCCCACAUCGACUCAGGAUGCCAGGCGCUCGUCGUCGAUCAGAGCGAGGACGCCUCCAAAGCUUCUCCCGUUUCGUCGUUUUUCCAGCCGCAGGCAGCCAAACGGGCGUUGAGCUCCACCGCGACCCCAAAGGCAGCACCGGGAGGGAGGGAACUUGCAAGACCAAGAGACGGCACGUCUAAUGGCGAGGGCCGACAAGAUGGUGCACACAUCAAUGGGAAAAAGAGAAGCAUAGAGCCGGAAAAUGAGGUCGAACUAUCACCACACGAAGCAACUCCCGCUCAAAGCCAUGCCUUAGCUACCCCGGCGCCCAAGAGAACGAAACUAAAUGCCCUUCGUAAGGUUGCGCCCUUGGCCGAGCGCAUGCGGCCCCGCACACUGGAUGAGGUUUGCGGACAGGGGCUUGUUGGAUCAAACGGCGUCAUCCGUGGGCUUAUCGAGCAGGAUCGUGUACCGUCAAUGAUCUUAUGGGGCGCACCAGGGACAGGGAAGACUACCAUAGCACGUCUCAUCGCAAACACAGCUGGCACGCGCUUCGUCGAGAUCAACAGCACAAGCAGCGGAGUUGGCGAAUGCAAGAAGCUUUUCGCGGAAGCGAGAAGCGAACUACAGCUUACGGGCCGGAAGACGAUCAUCUUCUGCGAUGAGAUACAUCGGUUCAGCAAGAGCCAGCAGGAUGUCUUCUUAGGACCUGUGGAGGCUGGCGAGGUCACGUUAAUAGGUGCGACGACUGAGAAUCCAAGCUUCAAGAUUGUGGAUUCGCUUUUAUCGAGAUGCCGCACCUUUACUCUUGCGAAGCUCACCAAUGAAAACAUCAUCACCAUCCUCCAACGUGCGCUCCAAGCUGAGGAUACAUCAUCCCAGUCUACCCUUGUCGACGACGGGAUGAUUAGAUACCUGGCAGCCUUCGCGGAUGGCGAUGCCCGCACCGCACUCAACCUGCUCGAGCUGGCCAUGGAUCUCGCGAAGGGUCCCGGAAUGACCCAAGACGAGAUCAAGAAGUCCUUGACCCAGACACUGGUCUAUGACCGCGCCGGAGACCAACACUACGACACCAUUUCCGCUUUCCACAAGUCCAUCCGCGGCUCAGAUCCCGACGCUUCACUCUAUUAUCUCGCGCGCAUGCUUCAGAGCGGCGAAGAUCCGCUGUACAUUGCUCGACGGCUCAUCAUAGUUGCCAGCGAAGACAUUGGUUUGGCCGACAACAGCAUGCUGGGUCUCGCUACUGCAGCGUAUACAGCUUGCGAGAAGAUUGGGAUGCCUGAGUGUCGCAUUAAUCUUUCACACGCGACUGUUGCGAUGGCCCUAUCGCCCAAGAGCACGCGCGUAUACAGAAGUCUGGGAAAUGCGAUGAAGGCGCUGCAGGAGCCGGGCAUAGCUGGCUUGCCAGUGCCUGUACAUCUACGCAAUGCGCCGACGAAGCUGAUGAAGGAGAUGGGCUAUGGGAAGGAGUACAAGUAUAACCCUGACUAUGUUGGUGGAAAGAUUGCACAGGACUAUCUGCCUGAAAGACUCCUGGGAAGAACGUUUCUUGACGAGAGAGAUUUGGGCGAGAAAGUUGACAUGGAUCUGUCUGCUCCGGAGAGAUGA